GUGACAUUUUCGACAUUGAAUACCUGUGAUAAUGCCAAAAAUCAAAAUAUAAUUGCUGGAACUAUUGAUAAAUAAUUUGCAAUGAUUAACCGAGUUGUAGGCAUGUACCGUUUACUGAGGUAUCCCGGAUGUGAUAUAAUCGUAGAAACCCAGAAGAAAUAUAUCACGGACCGAUACGACCAUCUGGUUCCGAAAAAACUGAUACCUCUUUGGCAUCAUCCAGCAGGUCCCCAAACGAUAUUCUUCUGGGCGCCUGCCUUCAAAUGGGGCCUCGUAGUAGCGAGCAUUUCCGAUCUAGGCCGACAUCCCAGCCUGAUCAGCGCUCAGCAAUGCGCCUCGCUAGCCAUAGCCGGGCUGAUAUGGUCCAGGUAUUCGCUGGUGAUCACUCCACGCAGUUGGUUCCUGUUCAGCGUCAAUUUCUUCGUGGGCUUCACUCAGUCCAUUCAGCUAAUAAGAGUACUGAUGUACCAGGCAUCUGUAGCUGGUACCGGUGGAGAUGGAAAAUAAUAAAGUACCUCUUCUUGAA